UAGAAAUUCAUAUUAUAUAAGUAUACUUAAUGUGUAAUACACUAUCUUUAUUUUUAAUCUUAACGAUAAGUAGGAAGUAUUGGAACCAAAUUUAGCUAUAUAGGUAGGUACCUAAAUUAACAAAAUCUGUGUCCAAACCAGGUUCACGGCUAUGUCGUCUGUCAUGCCAUAUUCAAAAGGCAGAAAUUGAAGUUGACUUAACACUUGAAAUUUCAUGGUAGUUCAUGGUUUGAUUUCCAGUUACAAACUCUUAAGGGAUAAAAAUCUUAAAAAAAAUCAACAAUUUCAAAACUGUGAUAAAAAUGUUUUCAGUAAAUAAAAGUAUGUUACGAAUGAAAUGUCAUUAUUUUCUUUAUUUGGGUGGUAUUGCUUCUAUCGUAGGAUUUUCACCGACCAUAGCUAAACAAAUGGGCUAUUCACCGAUGUUAGUUGGUUAUCUUUACACAUAUUUAUCUAUUUUAUCCUUUUUAGUUAAGCCUAUUAUUGGAUUAAUAGUUGAUAAAUUUCGUGUGAAAAGAAUUAUGUUUCUAGUAUUUGUUUUGACAUGUGGCUUAACAGCAUUUGUGUUAAACUUUAUUCAGAAAUUACCAACGAAAACAGCUGCAAUUUUAAGUUGCAACACUACAACAAUAUUGAACGUUUGUUCAAACGUUGACGGCCAAUUGCCUGAAUGGGAUGACAGUCUAAAAAAACUCUUAAUGAAUAAUUCUAUGUCGAUUACAUGCCAAUUGUAUUGUCAAUCAAAUAAAUCAUUUUGGGAUGAGAUGUGUAAUUCUUGGAGUGUGGAAUAUUGUGUACCCCAAUACAACAUGAAUACAAGCAAUAAUCUUACUUUUCUCAAUGUAUCAUUGUUUAAAAGCUUAACAGAUGAGAUAGGAAACAAUUAUGGAUUUGAAGUAAAAUCGGUGCAAUCCAAGGAAACUCAAGUAUUAUUUCCUACGUGCCUAAAACCAGUGAGCACUCAAUGUGAGAUCGACUGUUCGAAUGACGUUAUAAUGGAAUUAGCAACUAUUACAGUAUUUAAAGGAAGCAUUUUUGGCUUACAUCAAUUCUGGGAAUAUUUCAUUGUUAUGAGUUUAUUUUGGGUUAGUCAAGCAAUAACUUGGAGUCUUCAAGAUCCAAUUUGUUUUGAUCUCUUAGGUGUUAAACUUGAAGAUUUUGGUAAACAAAGGUGUUGGGGAUCUAUUAGUUGGGGACUUUUCUCGAUACUUGGCGGAGCACUAGUUGAUUAUUUUAGUGAUAGUGAUAUUCACAAGAACUACUUUCCGAUUUAUUAUUUAUGUCUUAUAAUCAUAUUAUGUGAUUUUGUAGUAGCUUAUAAAAUAAAAAUUACUGAGACAAUUGGAUCUAAAAAUACGUUAUCAGACAUAUUCAAAUUACUAACUAAUGUCAAUGUUGUGAUAUACUUUGUAUGGAUCAUACUGAUGGGUGUUUGUACAGCAAUGGUGUGGAAUUACCUUUUUUGGCACAUGGAGGAUUUAACUCAGAAAUACCACAGUGAAAAACAAUCAUGGAUAAAAACAUUACAGGGUUCUGCUAUAGGAAUUCAAUGCAUUGGCGGUGAAAUGCCAUUUUUAUUUUUUUCUGGUUGGAUUAUUAAACGAAUUGGUCAUAUGUAUUGCAUGGCCUUAGGUCUUUUCACUUUUGCUAUUAGAUUCUAUUUAUAUUCUAUUACAACUAAUCCUGUUUGGAUACUGCCAAUUGAAUUCACCAAUGGAAUAACAUUUGGAUUGUUUCACGCUGUGAUGAUGGAAUAUGCUAGAAUCGUUGCUCCUGCGAGUGCUACCACCACUGUGGUAGGAUUUUCUGGAGCACUAUUUGAAGGUGUAGGUAUAUCUUUAGGUGGUUUGAUAGGUGGAUUUUUUUAUGAAAAAUUUGGAGGAAUAUCAACAUUUAAGUUAUUUUCAAUCGGUUCCUUAUUGAUGAGUACUCUACAUGUAUUAUUUAUUGUGUUAAGUAAGAAAAAUUUAAAUGGAGCGGGCAUUAUCAAUUAAAAUGAUGUUUG